GAAUCCAGAGGACCAGUAGCAGCACAGACACACACAAGAAACCAACCAACAUAUCCUGAAUGGCUUCCUCAAGCAGGAUGCUGGCCGCGGCGGUGUUGGCGGUGCUGUUCGUGGGCGCGUGGUGCGCGGCCCCCGUGGAGUUUACGGUGGAGAAGGGGUCGGACGAGAAGAAUCUUGCUCUGUCGAUCAAGUACAACAAGGAGGGUGACGCCAUGGCAGAGGUGGAGCUCAAGGAGCACGGGUCCAACGAGUGGCUGGCCCUGAAGAAGAACGGCGACGGCGUGUGGGAGAUCAAGAGCGACAAGCCUCUCAAGGGUCCAUUCAACUUCCGCUUUGUGUCCGAGAAGGGUAUGAGGAACGUGUUCGACGAUGUGGUUCCGGCGGACUUCAAGGUCGGCACCACCUACAAGCCCGAGGAGUAGAGCGAUCCGCCAUGGAUCAUCAGUCAUCAUCCAAAGUUUUCGAUUUUCCACGUAUCUCGUUCGCCGAGAUCGUACCGUGAAUAAGUUGUCGAGGAUUUUAUUUGUGAUGAGGUGGUUUGUCAUGAGUCAUUUCCCGGGAGGGGAUGCUGAUUUGUUGAGUCAUGUAUUAUUUUGUAGAACUAUCUUGGUGGCCCUCGCAAAUGCGAGGGCAUCAUCUUUGAUAUGUUGAAAAUAAUUUAAAAAUAUAUUUGUAGUUUA